AUGUCUAACGAUCAAUCCCUCAUGGACCGCAUUGAGUUCCCCGAGAUCCCUGAGGCCGCCAUGAAGAAGAUUGCUGUCCUUGAGGAGCAGUUCUCUCGCGCAGAGGUCGAGCAGCGUACGUGUGCGCCACACCCACAAGCUCAUGGCCCCCUGAUCGCCAAGCGCAGCGAGAUCAUCAACAUGCCCGAUGUGCAGGCGGAGUUCUGGAUGCGCGUCUUCGCCAGCGCUCCUCCCGAGAUCGACGAGUACAUCCUGCCCAGCGACGCCGCCGUCCUUGGCGAGAGCCUCAAGAACCUGACCGUCGAGCGUUUCGAGCUCGAUGCCCAGGGCAACGGCGAGCCCCGCAGCUUGCGUUUCACUUUCGAGUUCAAGACCGGAGAGGAGAACCCCUUCUUCACCAACGACAAGCUCGUUAAGGAGUUCUACUGGCGCCAGGAGAUCACCAAGUCCAAGUCUGGCCGCACCCGCACCUGGGAGGGUCUCGUCUCCGAGCCCGUGCGCAUUAACUGGAAGAAGGACGCCGAUCUGACCAAGGGUCUUUUGGAUGCUGCCUGUGACCUCGCUGAGGCCGAGAAGAAGAAGGGUGGUGACCGCAAGAAGCUCCCUGAGUUCGCCACUCUCGUCCAGAAGGUUGAGGAGGCUGAUGCUGAGGCUGAUGCUGCCGAGGGUGACGAUGACGAUGAGGAUGAGAUCCCCAGCCCCGUUGGUGUGAGCUUCUUCGGUUUCUUCGGUUACCGCGGCCGUGACGUCUCCGCCGCCAAGUCCCAGGAAUCCGCCAAGGAGAUCGAAGCCCGCUGGGCCAAGGUUCAGAACGGUGAGGACAUCAACGAGGCCGGUGACUCCGACGACGAGGAAGAGGAGGAGGACGAUGGUCUCGAGGACGCCGAGAUCUUCCCCGACGGUGACGACCUCGCCGUUGCCAUUGCCGAGGACCUCUGGACCGACGCCCUCAACUACUACGUUCAAUCUUUCCAGGCCGGCGACGAGCUCGACGACAUGGACCUCGAGAUGGAUGAGUUGGACGAGAUGGAUGAGGAUGAAGAAAGUGAGUCGCGCCCGCGCAAGAAGGCUCGCAACUAA